GAGAGAGAGCCACAUCCGGGGAUUUAGAGCUGCUGCUGCAUCCUCCCUCCUCUCUCUCCAUCUUCCCUCCUCCUCCUCCUCCGCCUGCAUCCUCUCAUCCUGCAGGAAAACACCGACGGUCAGUCGGGCUGAUCUCUGCUGCAGUCAUGUCGGUGUCGCCCGGCCUCGCUGACCUCUCUCGCCUCUAUCAGACGGAGUUCGUACGAAGCGCCCGGGCCGUUGGCGUGCUCUGGGCCGUCUGCACGCUCUGCUUCGCCAUCAUCCAGGUGGUCGUCCUCGUGCAGCCUUCCUGGAUUGGCACCACUGCCACACGCCACCAGGGGGUGGGGCCAGUCCCACCCAGCGGCACUCUGGGACUGUUUGAGGUGUGCGUGGAGUCCGACUGGCCGGUCCCAGACUGUCGUGGUGGUCUGUCCAGUCUGUCCCCUCUGCCGUCCUUCCAGUCGGUGGCGGUGUUGGUGGGCGUGUCUCUCUGGGCGGUGUGGACGAGCGUCCUCUGUCUUUGUCUCUUCAGAUUCUGCAGUGCUGCAACCGUCUACAAGAUCUGUGCGUGGCUGCAGCUCACCGCAGGUUUCUGUCUGGCGCUGGCCUGUCUGCUGUUCCCAGACUCGUGGGAGAGUCCAGAGAUGAGGGCUCUGUGUGGAGACUCGGUGGGCAGCUUCUCUCCAGGUAACUGUUCGGUCCACUGGGCUUACAUCCUGGCCAUCCUUGGGAUCUUGGACGCCGCCAUCCUGGCUACGUUAGCCUUCGUUCUGGCCAACAGACAGGACGCCCUGCUGCCGCCAGAUGCCAAGGAUGUGACCACAGGUCUGCUGAUGUCGGCGUAGAGCCUCCAGGCUGGAUGAUCUUCACUUCUCCUGAUCUCUCUCUGUCCCUCUUCAUCGUCCUCAUCUUUAGAGACAAACAUCAAAAAGAGCUACAGGAGGGAUGAAGAGUUUCUCCGUCUCUCCGUCAUCAUGGAGGGAUCAUUGAUUUUAAAUGUCAUACUUUAACAUGUUUGUCUUUAUUAUCAUGUCAUUUUCAUGAAUGUUGCUGGAGCUAUGCAAGUGUGAGGAUAGGAGGAAGCAGGAGCGAGGAGGUGAUAUGAGGAGGACAGAUUCUCCUUAGUUCUCUCCAUGAUGGCAGCUCAGUUUACAAACCACAUAAAGCACAAUAUGCUCUAGAAUCAUCUCUUUAAGGCAGGGCUGGUUAGUGUGUAUCUUAAGCUUUUGGUCUUAUUUUUCUGUAAGGCUUUCUUGUCCUUGGCUUGUAUUUAAAGUGUAGUUGCUUAUCGGAAUUACCUUCCUCCCUUCUUGUUUCUUCUGCCCUUCCCUUUCUCUCUAACAGUCCCCGACAUGCAGGCAUGGAGGCAACAGACAGCAAGUGGCGAAACUUAUGGACUGUCUUUAGUGAUUAGCUCAAAGGUUUAUAGGCGAACAAUGCCUGAGACCAAGUGGCCAAAAUAAAGGGAAAGGUACAAGAAAGAGUGGGAGACAGAGAGUGUUUACAGAACUUCAGGUUGGAGACAAGUCAAAGGCACUGAAGAUUUUUAGUGUGAAAUCCACGCACAUCAUGGCGAUCUAAUUCAACAUGCCAGCAGAUAAACACAAAAACUCGGCACCUUCCUCCUCAUGGAGGCUAACAGACAAUAGAUUCACAGUUUUAAAACAAAACGAGGCAGAAAGAAAAAAUAACAGUGUAUGAUUUAUUGGCGGAGCUCCCUGUUAGCCAAGUUGACGUUACACAGCCAGUCCUGUCUUUGUGAUCAGCUGGGCUAGCUAAGCAGGAACCGCAUGAAGCAGUUAACAUACAGACAAAUCAGUUUUUUGAGCAUCCGCGGUGCAUUGUUUUGUUUUUUUUCAGUCAGUUAACCCUUUAGAUACUAAGUUUAAAAUGGUGAUUUGGACAUAUUUUGUUAUUAUGGCUGUAAGUCUGAGAGCUUUGGUCCCUUUUUUUCCCAGGAGUACUUGAACUUGACUUUUCAACAUCUGGUUAAUGGUUAUUGCUCAUUAUAUGGAAUUGCCAGCAGUUUAAAAGAGGAACAAUACAAAACUGGUGUUUUGCUAUGAAUGCCCACGUCAUAUGGUUGCAAGUACCGUAAUGAGCCAUAUAUGUGUGCAUGCCCACAAAUUCUCAGCUUUCCAACACUGUUGGAAUUUUUCUGAUCGGACAAACUUUGAUGAAGUAAUAAUACUACGGACAUAUAGAGUGGUGAAGGAAUGAGUCCUGAAACACGGAAGUAAGUUAGCAUUUUAGCACUUCCCUCGUCUGAAAGUCUCUGGGAAUUUUGAAUGAGUUUUCUGUUAAAUGCCUGAAAUAAGGUCUGUGGUGAACACAAGCUCAAGAGAGUUUAACGUUUUAUCCUACAACAUAAAAUACAUCUGAAACGUGCCCCACCUUUGAAUUGUGUAUCUUUUCACGUCUUAAAAGACAGCUAACAAGGACUACAGCGUAAUAUACGUCAUCAUCCGAAGCGCAGCAACUGAGCCUGCCAUUCAUUUGUAGGUGAUGACGUUAAUUCAGUUGAUUGUGUUGUAGUUCAGUAUAGCAUGACGUUAGCUUUUUACUUUCGUCAGUUAGAUUACCGAACCAGAUAUGAUGCUUAAAUUAUCCAUUUAUGAAGAUUAUCUUUAUGAACAAAACGUGUAAGUUUCAUAAACUUUUAUUGGACACAGAGCUUAUUUUUAGCAAUCAUCCAAAAACCCAUUGAAAAAUCCCGUAGGCUUGACGCCGAGGGAACCCAUGACACGCUAACUUCCUGGUUUGCCUACAAAAUUACAUCACGACUGCACCACUCUAUUAAACAUAGCAUCUGCGUUAUGGCAGUACAUAAAGGGAUAAAAGUAGAAAAGAUACCAAUGACCAUAGAACACGGGACACAGAGCUUAAAAUGGGAUAGUCCUGGUCGAAAUGGGAUGUACAGUCACCCUAGCUUAAAGUCCAGUUAGCUCAAAGUUAGCUUACUGUCCAGUUUGCUAACAAUUAGCUUGAGUUUUAGUUAGCUUGCAGUUAGCUUUAGGUCCAGUUAACUUACAGUUAGCUGUAAGUCCAGUUAGCUAGUAGUUAGCUUUAGGUAACGUAUAGUUAGCCUUAGGACUAGUUAGCUUAGGGUUAUCCUGUGUUCCAUUUACCUCAGAACUCUGAUGUCCGACCUGAGGAUGAUGACUUGAAUGGGUUCAGUUUGCUACUAGCGCGUAACUCGGGGUACUGACGUUGCUUCGACUUUCCAAUUCAGAAUUACGGGUUUAGGGUCCAUUUUUAUUUGGAUUUUCUGAGUUCUGAGGUUAAAUGCAAUGCAUCAUUAGCUCUAGCUCUAUGGCUUACAUUUAGCAUUAAGUCCAGUUUACUUACAGUCAGGUUUAGGACUAGAUAGCUUACAGUUAGCUUAAGGUCUUGUUAGCUCACUGUCAGUUAGCUAUCAACAGGCCUGAGCUAGUUUGUUUACAGUUGGCUUUUGACUAGUUAGCUUCAGGACUAGAUAGCUUGAGUAAGCUUGAGAAAUAGUUAGCCCCCAGUUAGCUCUAGGUACAUUUAGCUUACAGUUAGCUUUAUGACUGGUAAGCUAACAGUUAGCUUUAGGUCCAGUUACCUAACACUUAGCUUGAAUUCUGCUUACUUUACCAUUAGCUUAAAGGCAUAGUUAGCUCGAGGGCUAGUUAACUUACAAUUAGCUGUAUGUCCAGUUAGCUUACAGUUAGCUGUAUCCUAGUUAGUGUAAAGUUAGAUAAGGACAGUUAACAAUUAGCUAACAGUGAGCUUGAGUUUUAGUUUACUUACAGUUAUUUGUAGGUCCAGUUAGCUCCUAGUUAGCUUUAGGCCCGGUUAGCAUGAUCUCGUGCUUAUUUUUGACAUGUUUAAUUUUCCCUUCUCUGAGUCUUCCAUGCUUAACUGUUCAACCAUUUGUUUAUCAGCCUUCACUGCCUUUAUCUCAGUGAUUGUGCCUCUUCCAUCUGUCAGAAAUAUAAGAACAUGUUCAUGUCCUGGUCAUGUUUUUAGAAUGAGUAAUAAUUUUAACAUAAUGAGGGAGAAAAGCUGUUAAAAAGUGUUAUCUAUCAGCCUGAUCACACAGACUAGAGCAGUGGCGGGUGAGUGAGGGAGAGGGCGUGCAACUAUGCACAGGUGGAGGUAAAAGAAGCUAAACUUCAACAGAUCAUAUGUUGUGAUGCAAUGAAGAAGACUACAGACUGUAGUCUCUGUUAACAGCCUGAUCAUCUCCAUAAAGCCAGUAUACAGUGAUGUCUGUGUGUCUGCUCCUCAUCCUCACUGCUCUGAUUAUCAUUAACUGUAAUUCAUGCUUCAUUAAGAUCUCCUCUGAAAGGAUUUAUGUCCUCAAACCAGGCUCUGGCUCUUAAAUAAUGAGACGGGCUCAGAUAAAGUCAGACUAAAGCUUAGAAAGCAAAUAAUGGAUCAUUUAUUAUCUUUCAUAGACAAAAAAUGCACAAAGGGAACCUAUUUUUGUGGCAUUUAAGCAGUGCUCUCUCUUCCUUUGGUAAUUUUUGUUAAAUCAUGACUGUAGUUCUGUACUUUUCAUUACCGUAGGUCAUUAGAAUGACCGAUUAUCAUUUGUUAUGAAAUAAUAAUCCAAGUACUGAUCGUCUAGUUAGGCUUAGAGCAUGUGUAACAGCAUUUUAUCAUCAUACAGCAGCUCAGAGUCUGAAUAUUUACAGGUGAUUAUGAAUAUUUCACGUAGAGGUCAUGUGACGUUGCUAAAGAUCGCCAUGCAUCCCAAACGUUUAAUGUUUGUAAAUGAAACUAAUGUGAUAUUAAGGUCAGUAUAUUUUAGAGAUGUUUUUUACAGCACAGAAAUUAUGAUAUAAAAGAUUGAAUCAAUAAAAAGUUUAAAUAAAUAAACUGUGUAGCUGUGGCGAUACUGUAGUGCCAAAUAAACAUCCUAGUUAGAGCAGAAUGCUCCAGUGACUCUAACUGUCCUAAAGACACAGUCUUCUAUUAAAAAUGUCCCUCUGGUGUCUCCGUAGCCUGAGAAGAAACUGUUUUCUAAUUUUGUAGAUGGUUUUGUAGAAAAUUGUUUGUAUGCAGACUGUUUUUGUGUAUUUUUGUGUACAGAUGCAUGUGUGUUUGAACUAUAAAGAGACUGUACAAAGGUAUUUAUGAAUGUUUCUGUGGUUCUAGUCCAAGUUAAUAAAAUAUA